AUAUAGCAACUGCAGUUUUUCAAAUUGUGUUCUCACCUGCUCCCUCGACGUUGACGAAAGAAUGGCGGAGCCCGAUAAGAGAUGACGCAGAGCAGCCCUAGAAGAAGGGCAGCAGUGGGCACAUGCCCGGUUCGGACAAGGCGCCACCCGUGUACGAAAUCCAUCGAGUACGACGCAAGCGGGGCAAUUCAAUACCGACACGACUGCGCUGGGCGCGCGUCUUGGUUGCCAAUGACUCGGGCGCAGGUGCCGCAGCUUGGAAAGUCGCCCCCGCCGACGGUCGCGCGUGUUUUGGCAGAGCACCUCCGAGGCCUCUGGAAACUAGAGCUCGCGAGCGGCCUCCUUGGGAAAGGCCGGAAGCCGAUGGAGCGCGUCCAUAUUUGCCCCGGUCCCCAGCGGGCCCGGCUCUGGAUGCUGCCGCGCCGGCGCGUUGCUUGCUCGGGCCGGAAGCGGGCGGCCACUUCCUUGUGCGCGCGCGGCGUGUCUGUGGCAGCAUGGCCGCCAGGCUCCCGGAAUUGGAGCGCGCCCGAAUUUAGUGCCCGCAUGGCGCCGCGCGCAUUCCCAGCGGCGCCCGCCCCAGUUUAUUCGGGGCCGGCCGCGGGGCUGCGAUGUUUGUUAUGCGCCGGGCGGUUCGUCCGAGCGGGCCAGAGACGCGCCGGGCGGGCGGGCAGCGCGCCGGGCAGGGUACACAACGCGCGACCGUGUCGCAGCCGGUUGCGCAGUUCGCGAGCUUCGAGGCCUCGGCCGCGUUUGACAGACCCCGGGCCGACAUUCGUUAAAAGCACUCCGGUAGCGUUCGGCUCGAAAAAACGCGCCAGCAAGCCAGUUGCUUGGCCUUUUUCAAAUAA